UUCUUUCUAAAACAGGUAACUCUCUCUCUCUCUCUCUCUCCCUCUCUGAAUCGCCAUCCAUCCCUAACUGAGCUCACUCCCAUGGAAAAUAGUCAAAGAUCCGAGUCCGCUCAAGAACCCGAAGACCCACCGCCGGCGAACACGGCCCACCACCUGACGACCCCGCCGGGGCUGACCCCCGACGAGUUCGCCGAGCUCGGCCCCUCCGUCGCCGAGCACCACACGUACGAGCUCGGCCCGGGCAGGUGCUCCUCCCUCCUGGCCCAGCGCGUGCGGGCCCCACGCGCCGCCGUUUGGUCCAUCGUGCGCCGCUUCGACCAGCCCCAGGUGUACAAGCACUUCAUCAGGCAAUGCUCCGUGGGGCCCGACUUCGAGGUCGCCGCGGGGGCCAUGCGCUACGUCGACGUCAUCUCCGGCCUCCCGGCGUCCACGAGCGAGGAGAGGCUGGACGUGCUGGACGACGAUCGGUUCGUCACCGGGUUCACCAUCAUCGGCGGGGAGCACCGGCUGAGGAACUACCGGUCGGUGACGACGAUGCACGAGGUGGCGCGUGAGGGCGGGAUCUGGACCGUCGUCCUGGAGUCGUACGUCGUGGACGUGCCGGAGGGGAACACCGAGGAGGACACCCGCCUCUUCGCCGACACCUUUGUGAAGCUGAACCUGCAGAAGCUGGCCUCCGUCGCUGAAGGGCUGGUUGGUGGCUCGUGAGGGUGAGGGCCAAUAGCAUCUUCUCUCCACUUAAAGUUUCCAUUUUGAUUCCCUCUUUCAUGAACCCGAAGGGGUACUUGAAUUUGUGAACUGUCUGCAGAAAAAAAUGGUUCUUUUUUGGGUGAUUUUGGCGAACUGGUUGACUAUUUGGAUAAUCAAUGAAGAAUGUGGAGGGAAUUUGUGGUCGAUUUACUGCUGAUUAUCCAACUGAGGAAAUGUUAUAGCCUCUGGAAUAUGUCGUUGAGUUCUUGACUACACUCGGAAGAAUCAUUGCACCGUCUCUGCGGUUUUUUUUCUUUUAUGUCCAGUUGAAGAUCUUGUUCUCUGUUCUUGCCUCUCUGUUUUCUUGCUAAUAAUAGCUGGUGCGGUUCCA